CACGAGAUCGCGCAGAAAUCAACCCGAAAGUUAUGGAGUUAAGGAAGGAAUGGAAACUGAACCAGUUGAUUAUAUUAAGUGAGGGCAAGAUGGCAGAAAGUAAGGGAGCGUUACUUGCAAAAUCGGUACAAAAACAUGCUGGAAGAGCGAAAGAAAAGAUCCUACAGAAUCUUGGCAAGGUAGACCGGACAGCUGAUGAUAUCUUUGACGAGCAUCUCACAAACUUUACAAGACAGCAGAAUGCUGCAAACAGGCUUCAGAAGGAAUUCAACAACUACAUCAGAUGCAUACGAGCGGUACAAGCUGCGAGCAAGACGCUAAUGGACUCCCUGAAUGAAAUCUACGAGAGUAACUGGGUUGGCCACGAUCUCCUGUACGUACAAGCGCAGAAUAUCGAGAUGCUUUGGCAGGACUUCAGUCAUAAGCUUGGUGACCAGGUUCUCAUCCCGCUCAACACAUACCAGAGUCAGUUCCCUGAAAUGAGGAAAAAAAUUGACAAGCGCGGUCGCAAAUUAGUGGACUAUGACAGCCAACGUCACAAUUUCCAGUCGCUGCAAGGUAAUCCGAAGAAACGUGAUGAAAUUAGGGUGUCAAAAGCAAGAGAAACUCUGGAAGAAGCUAAGAGGACGUACGAACUGUUGAACUCGGAACUACACGAUGAACUGCCUGCGCUGCAUGACUCAAGGGUGCUUUUUCUAGUGACCAAUCUCCAGACGUUGUUUUCUGCAGAGCAAGUCUUCCACGCGGAAACAGCGAAGGUAUAUGCAGAACUGGAAGCGAUAGUAGACAAACUGGCCACGGAUUGCCAGCGUGGCACGUACACCCUUAAGAAAAGUUCUCCUCAGUCUCCCAAGUCUCCAAUAAGCAAUAGCAAAAUAAUUUCAAGUGCGCCAUCAUCUCCUAUAUCAAUAGCAGGUGAAGAUUCUGCUGAUGAUAACCCCACAACCCCCACUACUCCCCAACCUAACUCUGAUCUAGCCAUCACAUCCACCACGACCUCUACUACCACAACUACUACUGACAAUAAACCAUCGGCAGGUUCACCAAAGCUCUCACCCUCUCCCGGGGCCCAGAUAAAUGGUAACGCUAAACCUCCAAGUCCAGGGUCACCCAAUAACAGCAAACACAUUGAAGAAAUGUAUGAUAUACCAAUCGGAGCCACCACAGACAAUCUGCCACCUGGAGUGCUGUAUCGAGUCAAGGCCACUUAUAAGUACAAUCGUGAAGAUGUAGACGAGCUGUCUUUUGAUGUCGGUGAAAUCAUCCGAGUUGUGGAGUACGAUGAUCCUGAAGAACAGGAGGAGGGUUGGUUGAUGGGCGUUAAGGAAGGCUCCGGGGAGAAAGGAAUGUUCCCUGCUAAUUUUACUCGGCCUUUGUGAGUGGUUUGAGAUGACGAUCAGAAACAUCAGUUGUCUUGAGAAUGAGCAAUCAAGUGAAUAUAACUUUGCGGACAGCAGUAGAGUAAGGCACUAGGAGGAGGAGGAUUAACAGUAUCUUGUCGUCACAUGUGAUGUGAUGACAAGAGGAAACAUUGGUAAUCCAGCACUUUUUAACCCCAGAAGAUGUAUCACCCAUACUAACAGAAUGGAACAACCUUUACAGAACAUUUGUACAGCACCAAAAGUGGAGCAUAAAUUUAGCCUUUGAUAUCGAGACUUCUCCAGAACAAUCACCAUAAGUGCUGUUACCUGGUAACAAUUGUAGGGUUUUAUUAUAUUUACCUACAGUUUCAUUUAAUUUAUAUAUAAAUAUAUAUAAUAAAACUACAAUUAUACUGAUGUUUUAUGUUUGAUUGAUGCGGCAAAAUCGACAGAAAAGAUUUCAAAUGUGGCAGAAUUUCAGCUCCUUAUGAUUAUCAUCACAUCCGUAAUGGCAGAGGAAGAUACAGACAUUUGCUGACACUAAGAGGUGAGAUGAAUAGAAAGUUGACGAUUCAGUCGUCAAGAUUUGUACAACGCUAUCAACAUUUUGAAUCUAAAAAAUUCUUUUCAGUCCUAUCUGUUAUUGUCAGUAUCUUGUUGAAACAUUCCAUCAGCCUCAUUGCCAGCUUGUUCCAUACACGUCAUCUGUGUUAAUCAAGCAUUCCCGCAGCAUCGAUGAUGAUUUUGGUGGUACAUCUGAGAGUAGCUAUCUUCUUGAAUAUAUCUGUGAGGACGGAUUACACUAGGCUAUUUAAUGGGACAAGAACAUAGUUACUACUCACCGUAUGGUUCAUAAUGGUUUGUGUAUGUUUGAGUUAUGACGCUGAAUAACGUACUAAAUAGACUAGGCACUGUGGUUAUAAAUUUGUAAGCAAAUCAAACCUCAGACCAUUUUUGAAUACAGGGUGUUCAAUAUUCCAAGCCUGUGACAUUUAUAUUUGCAGGAGAGAGUCGGGGGGGAAUAUUGUUCCUUCCAGAUUAACUAUCGAUUCUAUAUAUAAAUGUUUGCUACCACAAAGUAAGUUUGUAACGUCUUAAAUUAAAUAAUCUCUGGCUGAGGUUCCAGUUUUUGCCUAGAAAGUUCUUUAAAGAUAUAUUGACAUAGUUUGGCAAAUUAUUCUAAGGUUCUUCUUUUGAAUUUAAUUGUCACUAUAUUGUCAUUAAUGUUAGUAACAUUAGUUAUUAAUAUCUUUUAAGUAGGCUUAUUGCCUGUGAUGUGGUCCCAACUCUUUUCCGACAGCCGUUGAGGUGCCAGUUCUCAAAUUUUGCCCCUCCCCCUGAUAUUUUUAUGUGAGAAAUGUGCCUUCAUACAGCCCAUUUGAGAUAAUAUCAGGGCAUUAACAUCUUAUAAAUCCAUCAUCAUUUAUAUUGUUGGAUUGGCUACACUGCCAUAGUCGGACCGUGUUCCCAGGCACCGUUAUAUCUGAUGCCUGGCGCAUGGUGGAUUCUUCCCAAACCAUUAAAAGUGCCUUUAUUAUUAACAAUUCAAAGUUAAGAAGAUUGUAUGCAGGUAAUUGUAGAAUAUUUAGUUAAUAUUAUAAUGCUGCAUAUUAGGUUACAUGAAAGCUGUACAACAUUUCUGUUGUCUUCUUGAAUGCCUUUAUGUAGAGUAUGGUGCGUUGCUGGGUGCCAAUUUGACAUGAUUUAACUUUCUUCAGAAAUGAUCUUAUAUGUUAACGGAAUCUUGUGAACAACUUUCAGUAGCGGGACAGGUCCGUGUGGAAGUUUUGGCUGAAUUAUUGGAGAUUUCUUCCAAUUAGCUCAAAGUUUACAGAAUGUAAUAUAGUUUUGUUAAAAAGUAAUUCUGAAAAGUAUGAUCUUUUUUUUUUCUGUUGUAGCUUAAACAACAAGAAAGAUAUGUUUCACUAAUUUAUUUACAAAGAAUGUCAUGGUCCGCAAACUGUUGAUAUGAGUUGCAGAAAACAUCUGAAGCUUACACUAGUGAAAUGUUUAUAAACAGGAAUAAUCCGAUGUUGUAAUUAGUGUGUUGACGGAGAUGAUUUUGCGUGUGCAGACAGU